CUGUUUCUUUCCGAUAGGCAAUGCGAGUUGAUCGUUGCUUCUUUUGUUCUGGGCCAAUUCAGCCUGGACAUGGAGUAAUGUUUGUACGGAAUGACUGCAAACAGUUCAAAUAUUGCUCUAAGAAGUGUCACACAUCUUUCAAAAAGAAGAGAAAUCCGCGGAAAGUUAAAUGGACAAAAAGCCAUCGUAAAGGUCGUGGAAAAGAACUUGCGAUUGAUCCUUGCUUUGAGUUCGAAAGACGUCGUGACAUCCCUGUUAAGUAUUCUAGAGAACUUUGGCAAGAGACAGUCAAAGCAAUGAUGGCAGUAGAAGAAAUCAAAAAUAAACGUCAGACCCAGUAUGCUGUGAACAGAUUUGAAAAGAGCAGAGAACUAAGGCUGAUUAUCGAUAAAGCUGAAAUCAAGAAAGGAGUUCACCUUCUGGAACUUAAAGAGAGAAAACAGAAGAAGCCUGUUGUCCAAGUGCUAGAAGAUGUUGAUAUCGAAGAUUUGGUUGAAUUGGAGGAAAAUUAAUUUGACAGAAUAAUAUUUGAUCGAUAGGCGUCCACCUUAAGUUGCACAGUCUAAAGUUAUAAAAGUUUAUGACUUUGAUUUGCGGGUACUGAAUAAAUUGGUUUUGUCA